AAUAUUUAUUUUUGUGUGUUUCCCUCCUUUUUCUUUUUCUUUUUCAACAUUCUUUCUUCUAUUUUAUCCAGCAUCAAGUCUCGUCAUCAAACGAGCAAAAUAUUAUUAUAUAAAUCAAUGUCUACUGCUACUUUUCGUUAUUUGGCGGAUUUGAAGGCUCCUUUUUCAAUUCUUGAAGCCAAACCUUUUUUUAACUCUUUGGACAAUAUACAAAAGACUUAUGCUCACCACAUGUCGCGUGCUGCUUUUGAAGGAACUCGUAUUAUUAUUACUCAAACUAAUCCUCGAGCCGAAACUAUCUAUGAUUUGAUUCUCAAAAUAUUCUCAAACAAACAAGGUCAAUUGACGGAUAUUCAAGCUCUCCAACAAAGAAGUGAAGUAUCUCCUGAAACUUUUGAAGAUCUACUUCAAUACUCUGGUCAGUUUUUGGGUAACCUAAGCAAUUAUAAAUCUUUUGGUGACGAAAAGUUUAUCCCUCGUAUUUCUGUCAAGGAUUUCGAAAAGGUAGUGGCUGCAAGUGAACUCAAAGAAGAAGCAUUAUCUCUUUUCAAUCAAGCUAAGGACGAAAUUUACAACGUGGAACCUGUUACUCGCAAUUUGCUUGGUUACCCUGACGAUGGACAACUUUCUGGUUAUUAUUCUGACAACAUCACAAAAGAUGAUAUCAAAGCUGUACAAACUUAUUUGGAAAAAAUCAAUAUUGAUCCUUUGAAUACAAGAUUAUUCAAAACUGACAAUGGUUAUGACUUGGCUAUCGCUUCUUCUGAUUUCAAGUCUGAAACUCAUAUAUUGGAAAAUGGUACUCCAUUAACAUUGAAGUAUGGUGAUUUCCACGAGCAAAUGACCAAAGUCGCUGAAAAUAUUCAAUCUUCUAUUCCGGUGGCUGCCAAUGACAAUCAAAGGAACAUGCUCAACUCUUAUUACGAUUCAUUCAAGACUGGAUCCAUUGAGGAUCAUAUGGAAUCUCAACGACACUGGCUACGAGAUAUUGGUCCACUUGUAGAAACGAAUAUUGGUUUUAUUGAAACUUAUCGUGACCCUCAAGGUGUUCGGGCUGAAUGGGAAGGAUUUGUGGCUAUGGUGAACAAAGAACAAACUGAAAAAUUCAACAACUUGGUCCAACAAGCUCCUCUAUUUGUAUCUCGAUUACCUUGGCCUGAUACAUUUGAACGAGACACCAUCAACAAACCUGAUUUUACCUCUUUAGAAGUACUUUCUUUUGCUACUUGUGGUAUUCCUGCUGGUAUCAAUAUUCCAAAUUACACACAAGUAACACAAAAGCUCGGCUCCAAAAAUGUAUCUCUUGGAAAUGUGAUCUCAGCAUCCUCACCUGGUGAAAAAUUCCCUUUUAUUGUUGCGGAAGAUCUAGACUUGUACAAAAAACUUCGAAAUCCGGCAUUUGAAGUACAAGUAGGAACUCAUGAAUUGGGGCACGGUACUGGCAAACUAUUCAAUGAAGAUACAGAUGGAAAAUUCGACUUUGAUCAAGAUAAGGUGAUUCAUCCAUUCACCCAACAACCUCUUAGCUCAUGGUACAAACCUGGACAAACCUUUAGUUCUGUAUUUGGUGGUAUUGCUUCUAGUUAUGAAGAAUGUCGUGCUGAAUGUAUUGCAUUGACUCUUUCACCUGAUGAUGAUAUCUUGAAAAUUUUUGGAUACGAAGGUCAAAUGGCUGAAGAUAUACUUUAUGUGAUGUAUCUUAAUAUGGCUCGUGCUGGUCUGGCAGCUCUUGAAUAUUAUGAUCCUAUAGCAAAGAAGUGGGGUCAAGCUCAUAUGCAAGCUCGUUACGCUAUUACUAGAAUCAUGAUGCAAGCUGGUGAUAAUUUCUUAUCUAUCAACAAGACAAAGGACGAUGAAGGUAUUGAUACCCUAGAAAUUCGAUUGGAUAGAUCAAAGAUUCGUUCUAUUGGACGACCAGCUGUUGCUACCUUUUUGGAAAAACUUCAAGUAUACAAGGCAACGGCAGACGUAGAGAAUGGAAGCAAGUUAUAUUUGGAAACCACUAGUGUACCUGAUGAUUGGGUAAGCAUGCGUGAUACUGUGAUUCGAAACAAGCAACCUCGCAAGGUCUUUGUCCAAGGAAACACCUUUAUUGAUGAUGAUGGUCAAGUUAUCUUAAAGGAAUAUGAAGCAUCCCCUAUUGGUAUGAUUCAAAGUUAUAUUGAACGUUUAGUAUAGAUUUUAUUCUUGUUGUUUUGUUUAUAUAUAUUGUUAUGCUAUGUCAAUCCUUUUUUUUUUUGUCUAUUUGUAUAUUCCUUGAUGGAUAAUCAUAUGGAGAAAUGUAUUAGAACAUAAUAUCAAUAUAAAUAUAUAUUUUUUUAACCAUUACUUGCUGAUUAUUGACAGAUUGAC